CGCGUACGAGCACAAUGCAGGCCCCGCCUAUCGGGCAAAGCGCCUCCCACAGCGGUUCGCGCCGCUAGAAUUAGUCGCAAACCGUCGGUAAGGUAGGAAGUUACCGAGAUGCUGGUCCCGAGCGAUAUGCUCGCGGCUCAAAGCAAGAUGCUAUACCAGAUAAACAAAUAUUACGGCGAAAGGGUGCAACAGCGUAUGGGAACAAUCGCGAAAACCAUAAGGGAAGUGUGCAAAGUGGUACAGGACGUCCUCAAGGAGGUGGAGGUGCAAGAACCGAGGUUUAUUUCGAGUUUGACGGAGUGCAAUAACAGAUACGAAGGGCUGGAGGUGAUUUCUCCCUGUGAGUUCGAGGUGGUGUUGUAUCUCAACCAGAUGGGGGUUUUUAACUUCGUGGACGACGGCACACUGCCUGGUUGUGCUGUGUUGAAGCUCAGCGACGGGAGGAAACGUUCAAUGUCACUUUGGGUGGAGUUUAUAACGGCCUCUGGUUACCUAUCGGCCAGAAAGAUAAGAUCUAGGUUCCAGACGUUAGUGGCUCAAGCGUGUGAUAAAUGUACUUACAGGGAUUCUGUGAAGAUGGUCGCGGAUACAACUGAAGUCAAGUUGAAGAUUAGAGAUAGGUACAUUGUGCAGAUUACGCCGGCCUUCAAGUGUUCAGGCGUUUGGCCGCGGAGUGCUGCCCAUUGGCCGAUACCUCACAUUCCUUGGCCACAUCCCAACCUAGUCGCGGAAGUGAAAACUGAAGGUUUCGACUUACUCUCAAAGGAAAGCAUCGCGAUACAAGGUAAACAAAGCGCCAUGGAAGGAGACGCUUGGGUUUUAUCCUUCUUAGAGGCUGAAAACCGUCUUCUUCAAGGCGGUUGUCGUCGAAGAUGCCUCAGCAUUCUCAAAACCCUCAGAGAUAGACACCUAGACCUACCAGGAAACCCUGUGUCCAGCUACCAUCUGAAAUCUCUUCUCCUGUACGAAUGUGAGAAGCAUCCCAGAGAGACCGAAUGGGAUGAAUCUUGCAUUGCAGAUAGAAUAAAUGGAAUUUUUCUGCAGCUAAUCUCGUGUUUGCAGUGUAGAAGAUGUCCGCAUUAUUUCCUCCCCAACCUCGACUUGUUCAAGGGAAAAUCGGCCAGCGCUUUGGAAAACGCCGCCAAGCAGGUUUGGAGGCUUACCAGGGAGAUGUUGACAAACACCAGGUGUUUGGAAAAACUGUAAAUUUGAUCUCGACCCGUUUCCUGUGCCAUAUUGUAGAUAAAGCAACGUUCUCUGGCGUAAAAUAUGGUUGUGAUAUAGCAUUUAAGUAUUUAUUUGAGUCUGAGUAUCGAAAUUUUCCGUUUAUCCUUUGAAUGAUUGAGUUGUUAUUUAUAGAAGACUGCUAUUUCUUUGUUAUUGUAAUAUAAUGGUGCUCUAUGUGUGAUUAUAUGUGUUGUUUAUAUUUCGUAAUUAGUUUGUGAUAAUAUUAUUUAUUAAAUUUUGGCUUAUA